AUGAUGAGAAAUGUUCUCUUUAAUGGUCCAAUGAUCCCAGAAAUUGACGCUGGGUAUAACGUUCAGGUAAAUGGUGUUAGUGUUAACUUUCUGAAGGAUCCAUUUUGCUUCAGAAAUGUUGUGAUAGAAAAUGCAUACUAUAAAAAUAAAUUAUUAUAUAAAAAUUUUAAUGAUGAUAAUGUAAAUAAAAAUAUAACCAAUCAUAUAAAAAGGGAAAAUAUAGUUGAAUUGGAUAAAGAAUUUAAUGAAUGUAUAAAAGAUAGUCUGAAUAAUAAUCAUGUUCAUAUCAAAAAAAAUGAACCUGAUUACAAAUUAAAUGAUAUAAAAAGUCCUAUUUAUAAGGAAAGAACAAAAUAUACACCAAAAAUCAUUGAAGUUAUCAAAACAAAUUAUAAUGUACCACACGAUGAAAGAGUAAAGAUACAUAAAGAAAAUUUAAUGUAUAUGAAUAAUAUAGAAUAUAAAAAAGCAAAUGAAAUUGUUGAAAAAGUUAUUUUAACGAUAAAAAAUGAAACUAUACAAAAACCUGUGGAAUUAGCAAAUGAUGAACCUAACAACAUUUUAAAACCUAAUAAUAUAUUUAAAAAAAUGCUUUUAUAA